AUGGGUUCCAGACCUGGCUUUACCACCAACCGGCUUUGUGACCUGGAGCUUAACUUCCUAGCUCUAAGCCGAGGGGACCCUGAAUUCUGCCCCUUGGCAGCCGACCCCUCCGGCUCGCGACGCUCCUCCGGGUGCCGCAUCCGGAGCGCCCGGGAAGGCCGGGGCGACGGUGCCGUCCUGCGGCAGCCGCAGGCCUUUGCCCGGCCCAGCCCGGCUGAGUGGGCUCGGGGAGGGACCAGCUUCUGUGCUCCUCCCCAGGCCUGCCCGGACCCGGCUCGGCGCGCCCCGGCGUGCGCCCUUUGCAUAAAGCCCUCCUCCCCGGCCAAGGUAGAGGAAGUUGGGCUCCCGCCUGGAUGGGCGGGAGGGAGCCCAGCUCCUGUUGUUUUCCGCCUGCGGGAGUGGGUGGCGGGCGCAGGGGGCGGGGUGCACCCUCCCACCCCGGGCCGGGCGCUCGGGAGAGGGAAUCGCGCUCGGAGCCCAGCGCAGCUCCCAGCCCCUGACAUCGGGCUCACUCCAAGCAUCCUUUCCGGGGGUUGCGGAAAGUGGAGCUACUCUGUCGUUCCGAGGACCUGGGAGGAACACUCAGUACCACCCCAGGGGCCGGAGUCCUUGGGGGCGCACCCCCAGCCAAGCCGGAGCCUGCGUUUCCCGAAGGGCCCCUGCCCGCAUCUGGGGCGAGAUGGCCGCAGGCGUCCGGGCGUCCGAGCCCCGGGUCCUCGUCUGCCUCGGGGCGCUACUGGUCCGCUGGGUCGCCGCAGCCUCCCGCCAGCCCAGCCACGCUUCUCUCUGGUGAAUGGCAGCUCCCUGCACAUCGAGUCACUGAACCUGCAGGAUGAAGGGAACUACACCUGCUGGGAGGUCCUGAACGAGACUCGGUGGUUCCAGGUGUGGCUGCAGAUGGCCAAAACAAAGGAAUUGAUAAAUGACUCGCCCAAGGACAGGAAGCUGAAACAGUUUGGAUAG